GGUGUAAGUAAACCUUUUGAUGAAGUUAUAAAACAUUUUGGAGACCCACACGCGUUUGGACAGCCUCCAGUUUCCUCUCUGAGGCAGGUAAGAUAAUUUUUUAAAGCUAAAGAUCUUUGUUUUCUGUGCAUAGAUUUGUUUGUUUGUUAUAAUUUUGCUUACUAGGUGAUCAAAUACCUCAACCCCGGCGAAAUUUAGAAGGAGUCAUACAUUAAUGAAGCUUUCUAAGCCUAGUCCGAAGACAUAGUAAAGCUUGUGUAAUCCUUUGCUUUUUAACAGAUAGGCCACUAAGCUGCAAUCGUUUCCUUGAGAAUCAUCCAAACUCGCCAUGUCCGCCUCCGCCAUGAUUUAUGACGCCUCUUUAAAGCACCGAGACAUAUCAACAGUAAUGGAGGGAGGGUCCAAUUUCCCCAUGCCACCUCUUUGUCCUGUGGACAGUUUUUCGUUUGGUCGGAGGGGUCUAAAAAUAGCGAGGAGACGGCGAGGGAAAAAACGGCAGAGGGGAAGUGGGGGAAAGGGGAGGCCCCCUCCCUAGCUAGUCCUUAGUCCUCGCUCGCAGAUUUUUCUCCCUUUUCCCCCUCUAUUGAGCGUGGUCCCAGGCUACACUCCGGCCCUUAUGCAUACGGUAUAGGAAUCACAUCUCCCCGAAGCCUUUCUUUGCCCGGGGUAUGCCCGAUGGAGAAGUUGAAGCUUCGAUUUGACCCGGUGAUCCAUAACGUGCAUGCGUUUAGAUUUUGAAAGUCAGUUCUUGAGUGAUUGUCAUGGACAUCUUUGCAUUUUUCUUCAAGCUUCUGUCAUGUCUCAUUUGUCCAAGUUUCCUUGAAGAACCAAGCUACCCAAAGGAUAUAAAGGAAAAAGCUCGAAGGAUUCUGGAGGCAACCGAGCAUUUCUCAAUAGGUGCCAUUUGUACUUUAUUUUUCUGAUUAAGUCUGUUGCCAUGUGUUCAUCAGACUCAGUUUUUGAAAAAAUAUUCAAGCCAUGCCUAGGGCGUUCAACCGAGAAAAUAGGCACUUUAAGAUCCAACGACGCGGCGGCAACGAAAACGUCACUUAAAAAGUGAAUUUGCGAUCUUUCAGUCUUUAUCGCAAUUAUUGCUAUUCACUUACUUUGUCAAAUGUAGGCGAAUCCUCCUCGAGUUGAAUUCCGAGGGACCAUUUCCAAGUUCAGAGAGAGAAAUAAAAUUUCGUCGUUGCUUGUUUACGUACUCCAUAAAACGUAAAAUUAGGCAUUUUCACGUCGUAGUCGUGCAAAAACGGGCAAAGAAAUGUACAAAAAAGCUUGAUGCAUGUGCAAAGUUGUUGUUUUUCUUAUAAAAACUAUUGUUUUUUGACGUUCUCGUCGCCGUCCGCGUCGUAAGAUCUUAAAGUCCCUUUUUAGGGAGUUUAAGCAGCAACGUUCUUGAGCGAAGCACGUCAACUGGAGGUGAGCCUUUUUCUUUUUACUAAGCCUUAACGCCACCAUAUUUGUAUUGCCAAGUGUCUUAAUUCUUAUAGAGAUAAUUUUCCCAAAACAUUGUUCAAUAUCACGGCUCAAGAGUGCAAAAAGUCAACUUCCGGUUGACGUGCGUCGCUGUUACUUAAACACCCUAUUAAUAUGCUACACAUGUUUACAUGAUGAGGAGGACAUGGUAAUUUACGGUAUUGCGGUAUUGAGCUUUUGCUUUUACAAGUGGAUUUCGAUAAUUUUUCAAUUUUUCUUACGGUAUUGAGUUAUUAGGAACCCUAAUGUCCCCCUCCGUGAUGGAAGGGCUGAUACUGGAAUUAUUUUGUCUCCGUAAAUCUUGUAAAACGUGUAUCGGGUGUUGCCCAUUUAUGCAAAAGUUUCCAUACCAGAUGGAAUUUUCCUGAAAAGUGGGUUGUUUACCAUUUAGAAUUUUUUCCGGACAACCAGGUUAAAAAUCAGAAAUGGAACACGUCUUUGUGGGAGCAACGGAACAUCUUUAAAAGUAGUCCUGGUUGUGUAUUUACCAUUUAAAAAACGUUUCCGGUAAAUCGGUUUGGAAAGUAUAAAUUGAACACGAUUUUUUGGGACGUUCAUGGGGGAAGGGGAGGGGAAGGAAAAUUUCCUUCCUUUCUUUCCCACCCCCUCCCCACUCUUUUAAUUGCGCCAUUUUCCGCAUGGUCUUUGACUCUCGUUCCUCGUUCUUUGCUCCUAAACCGCACGGAAACGCUUGCUAUGUAAGGCACUGGUAAUGUAUAAUGUGCUGAAUUAAAUGGCGUGUUAAAUGGUUUGCUUAAAACUACUUGUGAACCAAAAAUCGGUCAAUUUAAUACAAAGUUAAAUUUAUUCCUGAAAUGUUUUCAAUGUAGGUUCGUAUACUGACUCUCUUGGAUUAAGAAUUGUUCGGGAACAUGUCGCCCAGUUUAUCACUAAAAGAGAUGGUUAUGCCGCUGACCCAGGUAGCAUCUUCUUGACGAAUGGAGGAACAACUGGAAUAAGGGUUUGUAAUUAACUUUCAUUACUAGGCUCUAGUUUUCAAAGAGAUCACAUGCAUUUGAAGGGAACUACAAAGGACGAGCUGAGGAUAAAAAGCCGAGAGGAAACUGUGGGGAAGGCAAAGAAAAGGAACCUCUCCCCAGUUCUAUUCUCAGUUUGUUCGCUCUCCAGUCCUGCCGAGCCUCGAUUAGCUCGAUUGACCGAAAAGGGACGCUUGUAGCGUCUGGAUUGUCUGUAGUCUAAUUCUCUGAAUUUUCUUCCAAUUGCUGCACUUUUUGAUGGAUACCGAAGUCCUCCGCUGAUUUUUCAAACAAUUACAUUAGUAACGCUUAAACUGAUGGUGACUUAAACAAUAUUACAUGCGCGCCUUCGCACUUUAAGCCACCGGCUAAUCUGAGUGAUUUUUUAUUGACGACUAGUUUUGGUCAAUUUCUAACAUUCCUUAGUAUACCGCUUUAAUGAUAAGGUUUAGAUUUAAGUAAACGUAAAUCAUGAUUAACUCAUGUGAUUUUCUUGCUUCCAGAUUGCCUUGGCAGCGUUAGCAACUGGUUGUUUAUGCAGCGACAAGAACAAGGCAGGACUCAUGAUUCCCAUUCCAGGUUUCCCUCACUAUGUUGCUAGGAUCAAACAGUUCAACAUGUACAAGAUUCCUUACUAUUUAAACGAAGAUAACAACUGGGCUUUAGAUACCUGUGAACUGGAGAGAGUGUUGGAUGAGUCGAGGCCUCACUGUAGACCGAGAGGCCUGGUACUCAUUAACCCGGGAAACCCCACAGGUAAGAGAUAUUAUGGACCUUUCAUUGCACCUUUAAAUAUGUGCAGCUUUAAAUAUGGCAAGGGAUUUUUCCAGUCAUUUUUGGUGGGGGACGUGGCAGAAGAAGAGGGAUUACCCGUCAAAAAGAGGGGGUUUAUUUAAAACUAUAGGGGCAACCCGUGGCAAGCCAUCUCAUUUCAAAAGAGGUAUCACUGAAACUGUCUGAUACAUAUUCAAAAACUGAUCACUGUAGGCGGGAGAUAAAUAAACAAAGGUUUUACAGACUUCUUUUAUCAUUCAAAUAUGGUAAACCUAAGCGGUGAGCCUGUGAGUAAAGAAUAAAGAAUAUGCUUUAUUUUGACAUCUUAAGCCGUAAUUAUAAUAGCCGAAAACAUAAAAGUCGGUUGAAGUAGAAAUAAUUCAUGUUUACAACUAAUUUAGGGAUUUUGAAAUUAGCGUAACAGUGCAAUCAAUGUGACAGUAGGUGUGAGGGGGGCGAGUUACUAUAGAUGGGAAGGAUAAUGGAGAAGAGGGAGGGUGUGGCUUAUUAGAUGGACUACGUGAUUAUCGUUUCUAAAGCAUAGGCUAGUGUAAUAGAGUUUUCGAACAACAUAAGUUAGAAAAAUACAACUAAACAGGGUCUAAACAAGCAACAACAAAAGCAAAAAAGAAAACUUACAGCCAGGAUACCUUGAUCACUGAGCGAUUCCAAUAACUGAUAUAUUAUUCGCUGGUUCCUGAACGUGAUUUGUUCAGUUUUGUUGGCCAUUGUCCUUGUCAAGUUUGUUCAGACAAAACUUUUUUGGGAAAAACAGGAAACAUGCAGGAACAGAGAAAAUCGAGAAAAUAUAUAUACCAUGAGGGUCAUGAUUUAAAUUUAUGACUAAACUAUUCUUGCGGCAGACUAUCUAUUCUGGUCACGAAACUGCAAUCUCAGGCCUUAAUUUUAGUAAAACUGCAGAGUGAAACUAAAGGCGCGGUCAAAUGUUUUUGCUACAAUAAAAAUAAUUAUCCCACAACGGUAUGCAUUCUUUCGCAGGUCAGGUCUUAAGUUAUGACAAUAUCAGGGAAGUUAUCAAGUUUUGCGCCCGGGAAAAACUGGUGUUAUUUGCUGAUGAGGUAUACCAAGAGACAGUGUUUACUAACGAAGUCCAGUUUCACUCGUGCAAGAAGGUUCUGAGAGACCUGGGUCCCGAAUACAACAAGUUCCAAUUGAUGUCCAUUCAUUCUGCCUCAAAAGGGUUUUAUGGCGAGUAUGUACAAGUAGAUUUUGUCAUUUCUAAAACCCAACAACGUUCAAUGAGACGUGCGCUUAAACAAGCGAAAAUAAAAAAAAAUCAUUCUAAAUUAAAGUAAUAUUCCAAAUUAUAGUAAUAAUUUUUCAGAUAACAUUUUAAUGCGACCUGAUUAAAAAAGAAAAAAGCAAAUAAACAGACAACAAGACUCAUUCAAAAUUAAUUUAGCUACACACAAUGGACUCAGAGGAUCUAUUACAUUUGUCCAUAGCUCUGCCGCACCCCUUAGGUGAUAGGUGUUUUGUUGCAGAUAACCUGUUUUUAAACUACAACUGUUUUUUUUAGGUGUGGUCUGAGGGGUGGUUACAUAGAGGUUGUAGGAUUUAGCAAAGAGGUUCUAGCUCAGUUUAAGAGGUAUCUCUCUCCACCACACAAGGCACCGUCAACUGCAGGGCAGGUAUUUCCGCAAAGUUACUAGUUGGGGAGCAAGGGAUGGCGCAGUGGUGAGAGCGCUUGCCUCCCACCAAUGUGGCCCGGGUUCAAAUCCCGGCGUCGACGCCAUAUGUGGCUUGAGUUUGUUGUUGGUUCUCUCCUUUGCUCCGAGAGGUUUUUCUCUGGGUACUCCGGUUUUUCCCUCUCCUCAAAAAACAAAAUUUCCAAAUUCCAAUUCGAUCAGGAAUCAGGUCAGGGGAAAAUUUCGUAUACGAAAUAUCCGAAGAAAUGUUUUACCAGAUUUAUAGAGGUUUGUGUGGAGACGCCAUGCUGGUGCCCACCUGGAUGGGCACCAACAUGGCGGACGAAAACCAUGAGAAACAUCUCUUACCGAGUUUUGCUACAAAAGCAUGAAUUUAUCCGUCGAGGAACUCAUAAACAUUACAGUAAUACUUUUUCUCAUACAUUUUAAACUGUUUAGAUAGCAAAAUUCCCCGGAAUAAGUCACUAUUUUAACCUACGUUAUAGCUCUCUCCGCCGUCAUGUAAAUGCCGCGUCACGCAAAAGCUUAGAAAUUCCAGCGUUCUCUAUCAAAACACCAUGCAAGCACCCUUUUGAAGCGAAAUUUGUAUGAAAUAUAGUUUUCAGCUGCUCUAAUACAUCAUGAAAGUAAAAUCUCAGUAGGAUCGAUAGUUUUGGAGUCUGAAUUUUAGUGACGUCAUGUGAAAAUCAACAAUAAACGAUUGUACCAGCUAAUCUUUUUCUUAUCAUCGGUAGGCUGCAGUCAGUGCAAUUUGUAAUCCCCCUCAGCCUGGUGACGAGUCGUACGAGACAUUUAUUAAGGUAAGUGUAAUGUCAGGCGUGUCUGAACUUUCACAGCGGUCAAACGAGUGAAAUUUGCAAAAGUUAAGCGAAAUACUUCAAACUUAAGGUUGCUACUUUCACUAUCGAAAGUUUAGGGUAUUACCAACAUCCUGUUAGUUUACUAAACUUUUUAAAAGUUUACUAAAAAAGUUCUAAGUGAUUGAAAACCGAUGCUGACGUUAUUAUCGGCGCCAUUUUCAAACAUGAUUCUCUUUUAGCGCGAAGCGUUUUCAGCGAAAAAAGCUCAAAAUUUUGAGAAAAAUGGAAAGAUAGCUAUGUUGACUAACUGAUUUAUACAUCUUUGCCCAUUUUUCUCUAACUAGUAAAUGAAAUCCCAGCAAUAAAAAACAAAAAUAACGAUUUAGACGUUUGACCUCGGUGGUGUCUGAACUACAGCUACAUAGGGGUCGGGACCUAGAUCCUGAACACUGGCACUACUGGAGUAUUUAAUUUAUUUGUAAUAUUUUUCAACGUGACGAAUUGGUUUCGCGAAUGUUGUUGUAGUGUAUCUGGGCUGUAAUGAGUAAGAUAAAAGAAUCUGCAGGAGAUCGGGCGUCAAGGGCAAUGUGUGCAAAAAACCGCUGUCUGGGCUUUCGAUGGUGAAGAGGGCUGAAGACCCUCAGCGCAGGCGCGUCAUGUGGUAGUUUUUUGCUUGACUUUCAAGUUUUGACCUUUAAAAUUUGAUUGUGGAGCGGAUUUUGUCUACUUUUGUUCUCACCGAUUAUUAAGCUUCUUGAUUCCCCAAAUUUUGACUAUUACAAUCUACAGGUUGUUAUUUCGGCCAAUAAACAUUGCGGAUAUGCGAUAAAAACAAUAAAUUAAUGAUAAACAUGUUUCCAACUGGAUUGUUAGUCAGUGCAAUUCCGUCAGUUUUUUAAUGGACAUCGAAAUUAGAAAAAAGCAUUUCUUUUUAAUUUUUUCUGCAGGAGAAAAUGUCCAUUAUGGAUUCUUAUCAAAGAAAGGCGGGGAUAACCACAAAGAUGCUGAAUUCUCUUAAAGACGUCUCGUGUAAUGCUGUAACUGGUUCAUUGUAUGCAUUUCCCAAAGUUAUUCUUCCACAAAAAGCUAUUGAAGAGGCCAAGGUGAGUUGUUAGCGUAGUUCUUUGAAACUAAUAGUGAGCUUAAGCAACGGUGCUGGACGGUGACGUCAACGAGAACGGUAAUAAAGCAAUGGUUUAGUGUGACAAAACAACAACUUUGCACCUGCAUCAUGCUUUCUGUAUAUUUCUUUGCCUUCACUGCUGGACUACGACGUGAAAGUGCCUAAUUUCACGUUUUGUAGAGGACGUAAAUUAUUUAAACGAAGAUAACAACUGGGCUUUAGAUACCUGUGAACUGGAGAGAGUGUUGGAUGAGUCGAGGCCUCACUGUAGACCGAGAGGCCUGGUACUCAUUAACCCGGGAAACCCCACAGGUAAGAGAUAUUAUGGACCUUUCAUUGCACCUUUAAAUAUGUGCAGCUUUAAAUAUGGCAAGGGAUUUUUCCAGUCAUUUUUGGUGGGGGACGUGGCAGAAGAAGAGGGAUUACCCGUCAAAAAGAGGGGGUUUAUUUAAAACUAUAGGGGCAACCCGUGGCAAGCCAUCUCAUUUCAAAAGAGGUAUCACUGAAACUGUCUGAUACAUAUUCAAAAACUGAUCACUGUAGGCGGGAGAUAAAUAAACAAAGGUUUUACAGACUUCUUUUAUCAUUCAAAUAUGGUAAACCUAAGCGGUGAGCCUGUGAGUAAAGAAUAAAGAAUAUGCUUUAUUUUGACAUCUUAAGCCGUAAUUAUAAUAGCCGAAAACAUAAAAGUCGGUUGAAGUAGAAAUAAUUCAUGUUUACAACUAAUUUAGGGAUUUUGAAAUUAGCGUAACAGUGCAAUCAAUGUGACAGUAGGUGUGAGGGGGGCGAGUUACUAUAGAUGGGAAGGAUAAUGGAGAAGAGGGAGGGUGUGGCUUAUUAGAUGGACUACGUGAUUAUCGUUUCUAAAGCAUAGGCUAGUGUAAUAGAGUUUUCGAACAACAUAAGUUAGAAAAAUACAACUAAACAGGGUCUAAACAAGCAACAACAAAAGCAAAAAAGAAAACUUACAGCCAGGAUACCUUGAUCACUGAGCGAUUCCAAUAACUGAUAUAUUAUUCGCUGGUUCCUGAACGUGAUUUGUUCAGUUUUGUUGGCCAUUGUCCUUGUCAAGUUUGUUCAGACAAAACUUUUUUGGGAAAAACAGGAAACAUGCAGGAACAGAGAAAAUCGAGAAAAUAUAUAUACCAUGAGGGUCAUGAUUUAAAUUUAUGACUAAACUAUUCUUGCGGCAGACUAUCUAUUCUGGUCACGAAACUGCAAUCUCAGGCCUUAAUUUUAGUAAAACUGCAGAGUGAAACUAAAGGCGCGGUCAAAUGUUUUUGCUACAAUAAAAAUAAUUAUCCCACAACGGUAUGCAUUCUUUCGCAGGUCAGGUCUUAAGUUAUGACAAUAUCAGGGAAGUUAUCAAGUUUUGCGCCCGGGAAAAACUGGUGUUAUUUGCUGAUGAGGUAUACCAAGAGACAGUGUUUACUAACGAAGUCCAGUUUCACUCGUGCAAGAAGGUUCUGAGAGACCUGGGUCCCGAAUACAACAAGUUCCAAUUGAUGUCCAUUCAUUCUGCCUCAAAAGGGUUUUAUGGCGAGUAUGUACAAGUAGAUUUUGUCAUUUCUAAAACCCAACAACGUUCAAUGAGACGUGCGCUUAAACAAGCGAAAAUAAAAAAAAAACAUUCUAAAUUAAAGUAAUAUUCCAAAUUAUAGUAAUAAUUUUUCAGAUAACAUUUUAAUGCGACCUGAUUAAAAAAGAAAAAAGCAAAUAAACAGACAACAAGACUCAUUCAAAAUUAAUUUAGCUACACACAAUGGACUCAGAGGAUCUAUUACAUUUGUCCAUAGCUCUGCCGCACCCCUUAGGUGAUAGGUGUUUUGUUGCAGAUAACCUGUUUUUAAACUACAACCGUUUUUUUUAGGUGUGGUCUGAGGGGUGGUUACAUAGAGGUUGUAGGAUUUAGCAAAGAGGUUCUAGCUCAGUUUAAGAGGUAUCUCUCUCCACCACACAAGGCACCGUCAACUGCAGGGCAGGUAUUUCCGCAAAGUUACUAGUUGGGGAGCAAGGGAUGGCGCAGUGGUGAGAGCGCUUGCCUCCCACCAAUGUGGCCCGGGUUCAAAUCCCGGCGUCGACGCCAUAUGUGGGUUGAGUUUGUUGUUGGUUCUCUCCUUUGCUCCGAGAGGUUUUUCUCUGGGUACUCCGGUUUUUCCCUCUCCUCAAAAAACAAAAUUUCCAAAUUCCAAUUCGAUCAGGAAUCAGGUCAGGGGAAAAUUUCGUAUACGAAAUAUCCGAAGAAAUGUUUUACCAAAUUUAUAGAGGUUUGUGUGGAGACGCCAUGCUGGUGCCCACCUGGAUGGGCACCAACAUGGCGGACGAAAACCAUGAGAAACAUCUCUUACCGAGUUUUGCUACAAAAGCAUGAAUUUAUCCGUCGAGGAACUCAUAAACAUUACAGUAAUACUUUUUCUCAUACAUUUUAAACUGUUUAGAUAGCAAAAUUUCCCGGAAUAAGUCACUUUUUUAACCUACGUUACAGCUCUCUCCGCCGUCAUGUAAAUGCCGCGUCACGCAAAAGCUUAGAAAUUCCAGCGUUCUCUAUCAAAACACCAUGCAAGCACCCUUUUGAAGCGAAAUUUGUAUGAAAUAUAGUUUUCAGCUGCUCUAAUACAUCAUGAAAGUAAAAUCUCAGUAGGAUCGAUAGUUUUGGAGUCUGAAUUUUAGUGACGUCAUGUGAAAAUCAACAAUAAACGAUUGUACCAGCUAAUCUUUUUCUUAUCAUUGGUAGGCUGCAGUCAGUGCAAUUUGUAAUCCCCCUCAGCCUGGUGACGAGUCGUACGAGACAUUUAUUAAGGUAAGUGUAAUGUCAGGCGUGUCUGAACUUUCACAGCGGUCAAACGAGUGAAAUUUGCAAAAGUUAAGCGAAAUACUUCAAACUUAAGGUUGCUACUUUCACUAUCGAAAGUUUAGGGUAUUACCAACAUCCUGUUAGUUUACUAAACUUUUUAAAAGUUUACUAAAAAAGUUCUAAGUGAUUGAAAACCGAUGCUGACGUUAUUAUCGGCGCCAUUUUCAAACAUGAUUCUCUUUUAGCGCGAAGCGUUUUCAGCGAAAAAAGCUCAAAAUUUUGAGAAAAAUGGAAAGAUAGCUAUGUUGACUAACUGAUUUAUACAUCUUUGCCCAUUUUUCUCUAACUAGUAAAUGAAAUCCCAGCAAUAAAAAACAAAAAUAACGAUUUAGACGUUUGACCUCGGUGGUGUCUGAACUACAGCUACAUAGGGGUCGGGACCUAGAUCCUGAACACUGGCACUACUGGAGUAUUUAAUUUAUUUGUAAUAUUUUUCAACGUUACGAAUUGGUUUCGCGAAUGUUGUUGUAGUGUAUCUGGGCUGUAAUGAGUAAGAUAAAAGAAUCUGCAGGAGAUCGGGCGUCAAGGGCAAUGUGUGCAAAAAACCGCUGUCUGGGCUUUCGAUGGUGAAGAGGGCUGAAGACCCUCAGCGCAGGCGCGUCAUGUGGUAGUUUUUUUGCUUGACCUUCAAGUUUUGACCUUUAAAAUUUGAUUGUGGAGCGGAUUUUGUCUACUUUUCUUCUCACUGAUUAUUAAGCUUCUUGAUUCCCCAAAUUUUGACUAUUACAAUCUACAGGUUGUUAUUUCGGCCAAUAAACAUUGCGGAUAUGCGAUAAAAACAAUAAAUUAAUGAUAAACAUGUUUCCAACUGGAUUGUUAGUCAGUGCAAUUCCGUCAGUUUUUUAAUGGACAUCGAAAUUAGAAAAAAGCAUUUCUUUUUAAUUUUUUCUGCAGGAGAAAAUGUCCAUUAUGGAUUCUUAUCAAAGAAAGGCGGGGAUAACCACAAAGAUGCUGAAUUCUCUUAAAGACGUCUCGUGUAAUGCUGUAACUGGUUCAUUGUAUGCAUUUCCCAAAGUUAUUCUUCCACAAAAAGCUAUUGAAGAGGCCAAGGUGAGUUGUUAGCGUAGUUCUUUGAAACUAAUAGUGAGCUUAAGCAACGGUGCUGGACGGUGACGUCAACGAGAACGGUAAUAAAGCAAUGGUUUAGUGUGACAAAACAACAACUUUGCACCUGCAUCAUGCUUUCUGUAUAUUUCUUUGCCUUCACUGCUGGACUACGACGUGAAAGUGCCUAAUUUCACGUUUUGUAGAGGACGUAAACACAACACAACGACUUUAUUUUUCUUUUCCUGAACUUCGAUACAGUCUUUUCGAAUUCAAGUCCAGAAAAACCUGCCGAUGUUUGACGAAAUGAACGAGAUGAAAUUAGUGCGAUUAGGCUUAAAGUAGCGUGAAUUCACUUUUUAAGUGACGUUUUGUAGCCCUUCCUCUCCAAAAAUAUAGAUUCCCUUAGGCUUUAUUCAGAAGUCCACACAACAACGGUAAUGCUCAACCUCAUUCCUAGUGUCUUCUAUUACCCGCAGCGACGUUUAUGACUGGGUAGAACAGGACCCUUGGAAACGAGGUUGGAAAAUGCGUUUUUUUUUUAGCUCAACAACUGCACACCUGACGAAUUCUACUGCUGGCAGAUGUUAGAAGCGACUGGCAUAAACUCUAUACCGGGAAAUUUGUUCGGACAAAAGGAAGGAACAUAUCAUUUUAGGUUAGAGCUAACUUGUCGAACGUCUCUUUUUCUUUAUUGGUUUAUCAUACUUGCCUUUCUUGCUAGGUGAUGGGGAAGUCGAUCAGCGUUGAUGUGCGACGGAGUAAUAGGCCUUUUGCAUUAGCUGAUCACUUGAUCUACUUCUGUAAACACGAAAACCGUUCGCUUUCAUACAAAUCCUUGUAAAUUUCGAAAUUUUCAAACUGCUGUAAAAUAUUUCCUUAAGCAUUAUGGGUCUCAAAUCUCCUUUUUAAUCAUAACAGGCAAUUUGAGCCAUUUAAUGCGCAAGGGGAAGAUUUGACGACAUUGAAGUUAAACAAGAGACUGGCUCACUAUGGGUCUGUUUUGGGAGACAAGUUUUUGGCGAACAAUAGAAGACCCUUUGAGCUUGUAGAUUUUGUUUUCCCCAUUGCAGACCACGUGAUUUUACUUCAGAGAACUGUUUGUUUCAAAUGUCGUCCUAUGAACUUGCAUCCACGUGCAUAUGCGUGCAUAGCUAAUGAAAAGACAAAAGGCAAAUUCCCUUGAAAACAUCAGGUGUUCUGAACUGGGAAAAAAGAACUAUUUGGCCAUGUCCUGCGCAACUUCAGAAUAGUCGAGUUGAGUAGCGAUAUUGCACGUUUUACCACCCACCUUCGCACCUAUCUUCAAAAAAAAAAAGGUUUCAGGGUCUCUUUUUCCGGGUGGUUAAACGAGAAACAUCGCUAUUCAAAUUGUUUUGCAGCAAUUUUGCAAAACAAGUUGCUCGUUUUUUUUACCUGUUUAACCGUACCUUUGGUUAAAGUUCCGCCCUCACGCAGGCAAUAAACUGAGCCAACCAAUGGAUAAAUGGAUUCAUUUGCACUUAUUUGCACUUACCCGCUGAUAAUUUUUUUGUUUUUUAGCAUGAAAACGUUAAAAAUCCCUUCGGAAGUAGAUGAAGUCGCUGCUAUAAAUCUUUUGUAAGAUAUGGCUGGAAUUUUAUCAAAAAAAUUUAUGUUACAGCUGAGUGUAAGAUGGAGGAUAUCCCUCCUAGGUAUAGUAAAGGUCUGAGGACUUUUUACUUUGUGUUGUCUAAUCGCCAGUGUAAUGAAACAUUUAAUUCUCUUUGUUUUCAUAAAAAAGUGCAAUAAACCUUACAUUACUUGGAAAAGCGAAAUUAUUAUAAAUCAGGAAAUAUAAUGUUUGAGAGUAUAUACUUUUUCUUUGCCGCAGGUUAACCAUCUUGCCAUCUGAGGAAAAGGUAGUUCCCAUGUUCGACAGAAUUAGCAAGUUUCAUGAGGAAUUCAUACAACAAUACAGAAGUGACAAGGAUAAUUAA